CAAAAUCGAAAAUGGACGAGCCUCUGGAUCCAGAUGGACUCUUAGAUAUUUGUCGAGUAUGUCGAUGUGAGAGUACACCAGACAAACCAUUGUUCCAUCCAUGUGUCUGUACUGGUAGUAUCAAGUUUGUUCACCAAGAGUGCUUGGUACAAUGGUUGAAGUACAGUAGGAAAGAAUAUUGUGAAUUAUGUAAACAUAGAUUUGCAUUCACACCCAUUUAUUCCCCUGACAUGCCAAAGAGGUUACCAGUAAAGGAUAUAUUUGGUGGAUUAUUGAAAAGUAUAGGCCGAGCUGUCAGAUACUGGUUACAUUAUACAUUGGUAGCUUUUGCUUGGCUCGGAGUUGUACCACUAACAGCAUGUCGAAUAUACAGAUGUUUGUUCACAGGAUCUGUCAGCUCUUUGUUAACCCUGCCGUUAGAUAUGCUUUCAACGGAAAACAUAGCAUCAGAUUGUUUCUAUGGAUGUUUUGUUGUCACCUGUACAUUAUGUGCGUUUAUAAGUCUGGUAUGGUUACGAGAACAGAUUCUUCAUGGUGGAGGACCUGAGUGGUUAGAACAAGAUGACCAAGGACAGAAUCCACAAAGGAAUUUCUUGGAUGCAGGGAUGGUUAAUAACUUAGUUGGAGGCUUUGGAGGUGGAGCUCCAAGAGCAGCCCCAGCCAAUCAAAAUGAAGAUAACAACCAACAAGCACCUGCUGGAGAAGUGAAUGAAGAAGAAGUUGAGGAUGAUGGGAUUGAAGGUGGUAACAAUGGCAACAAUGCUGCUCAAGAUGAAAUAAACUGGAACCCUAUAGAAUGGGAUAGAGCAGCAGAAGAAUUAACUUGGGAACGGCUUCUUGGACUUGAUGGAUCAUUGGUAUUUUUGGAACAUGUAUUUUGGGUGGUUUCAUUGAACACAUUGUUUAUAUUGGUAUUCGCCUUUUGUCCUUUCCACAUUGGACAUUUUACAUUAGUUGGACUUCGACUAGAUGAUAUUAUGGAAUCUACACAUUAUGAAGGACUUUUGACUACUAUGAUUGGCUAUAUUGUUAUAGCAUUUUCUCUUGUAGUUUUAUACAUGUUAUGUGCCAUUGCCAGGCUUAAAAAGUUCAGAAGAGUCCUAGGCCUAUGUUACAUUGUAGUUAAAGUGAUGUUACUAGUAGUCAUAGAGAUUGGAGUCUUCCCUCUUAUCUGUGGGUGGUGGCUCGAUAUAUGUUCUUUGUCGAUGUUUGAUGCCACCCUUAAGGACAGGAAGAAUAGUUUCCACCUAGCCCCAGGAACCUCCAUGUUUAUCCAUUGGUUGGUGGGGAUGGUUUAUGUUUUCUACUUUGCUUCCUUUAUUUUGUUACUGAGAGAGGUGCUCCGACCAGGAGUAUUGUGGUUCCUGAGGAAUUUGAAUGACCCAGAAUUUAACCCAAUACAAGAGAUGAUUCACCUGCCAGUAUACAGACAUGCCAGAAGAUUUACAGCUUCAGUGAUUAUAUUUGGGAGUACAGUACUACUGAUGCUAUGGUUACCAGUUCGAGUUGUCAGAAAAAUAUUCACUGGAUUCCUGCCAUAUCAUGUCAUGUUAUCUAGUGAUGCCCCAGUUAGUGAGUUAUCUUUAGAAUUAUUGUUACUACAAGUGGUACUACCAGCUUUACUGGAACAAGGCCACACCAGGAUGUGGCUGAAGGGUAUGGUCAGAGGAUGGACGCUAGGCAUGGCUUAUAUUCUUGGCCUGAGAUCAUAUCUACUUGGGGAUGUACCAAUAAACAAUGCAGACAAUGUGGUAGAGGGUGACCAGCCUGUUCAGCACGCAGCCCCGGCCAAUCUGCCACAACCUCCGCCAGGAGGAUUAGGAGCUGCUCACCAGGCUAUGCUCCAGGGAGGUGGGCCAACUGGAUUCCAGGCCUAUAAAAGACCUUCAAUAUUCCAUUUUAGAAUUGUAUUGUUGGUGUUGCUGAUGUGUUUUACCUUAUUCUUCUGUAGUCUUUUGUCUUUGGUUUUACCUGUAUGGUGUGGUCGUCAGUUGAUGGCCCUGUGGAUGGGAGAGGCUAAGGUCCAUGAGUUAUAUACAGCAGCAUGUGGACUGUAUAUCUGUUGGAUGUUCCUUCGUAUAGGUACUGUAAUGUACAACUGGAUACCACAGGGAACAGCGGCUAUACUCAAUAAGGUCAAAGAGUGGUUCCUUCUUGCCAUGAAGUGUUUUAUAGUAGCAGCGUUACUGAUAGGCUUUGUUCCUUUACUCCUGGGACUGUUGUUUGAAUUAGUCAUUGUAGCUCCCCUCAGAGUACCUCUUGACCAGUCUCCUAUUUUCUUUCCUUGGCAGGAUUGGGCUCUAGGAGUUCUCCAUGCCAAGAUAGUUUGUGCAAUAACAAUGAUGGGACCACAAUGGUGGUUAAAACGAGUCAUAGAACAGAUAUAUAAUGACGGCAUAAGAAACAUCAACCUGCGAUUCAUCAUUACAAAACUGUGUGCUCCUGUGAUAGGUGUCCUGGGCAUGUCAUUGGCGGCCCCUUAUGUAGUGGCCAAUAGUAUUGUACCAUUUUUAGGUUUUGGUUAUGAAGCACAAGUUCUAGUACUGAGACGUAUUUACCCCUGCCUGUUGGCCUGUUUAAUUAUUGUGUUAUUUGGAGUAUUCCAAGCUAGACAGUUCAGGAGAUUGUAUGAACAUAUUAAGAAUGAUAAAUAUCUAGUAGGUCAGAGGUUGGUGAACUAUGACUCCAGAAGGUUAAUUAGAUUCCCUACUCCGAGUGUGCAAUCAUCAUCAUAGCAUUAUCGUGUUUUUAUGACGACCACCAAGUUGUAUAUUGAUUAUAUUACCAACAAGACUGAUACAUCUAUAAGGUUUUAUACAUUGUUAGGGUGUAUAAUUUAAAAGUGCUGAUGAUUUCUUGUGUAGGAAUUUCAUAAUGUGAUCUGUCUAAGGAUGCUUUCCAACCAAAAAUUACAUGAAGCGCUAUACUGCCAUUUAAUAUUUACCAAUUAAAAAGGAGUCAAUUUAAACGUGGAAAAAAAUAGUAGUCAUUUUAUUGACCUGUAGCCAUGGUGUUGUAGAUAAAAGUCAUUGGUAUCUAGUCUGAUGAACAAUGAUAUUAGAGCUGUUUGUCCAUUGUAGAUCAAUUUUAAUUUUAAUUGAAAAUUUCCAACCAAUGGCAUUUGAAUUAAUGGAUGAUAACAGUACUUAUUUUCUAUUUUUAGUGAAAUAUUGUAAACUUAAUAUAUAUGAUAAAAGUUGUAAUGUUUUGGUAAGAAUUUGUUGCAUAUUUUUUUUUAUUGUAUUUGAAAAAAUGAAACUUUCCAGAUUUUUUGCUUAAAAUACCAAACUUAAUGUUGAGGAUUAUAUUAUGUCAAUUAGAUUUUGUAAUAAUUGAUUUAGUGUCAGCAGUAUAUGAUAGACUUAGAAAUAAUCUAUAUUAAUUUCAAUCAGCAUUAUAUACAUAUGUGUUUGCCAAAGAUGGAAGCAUAAUACUGAUCAUGAAAGUAGAUCUUUUCUUCAAUUGAUGCUCAUCAACUUAUAAAAAUAUCAGAAUACUAACUUACUGCUUACAAAGUGACUUGAUAAUUAGAUGCGCUAAUUAAAGUUUAAUUUAUGAUUUUUUUAGAAAGUAAAACAUUGAAGAAAACAUCACAUGUUUUACUUUAUGUAAUAUACCACUUUCCAAGGCCAGUCAACAUUGAAAUCUUACCUUGAGAUUUGCAUUACUGUGUUUGAUGGGAAAAUUCCAUUAAAGCUUCUGAUUGGACAAUUUUAUUAAGGCUUCUGAUUGGACAAUUUUCUUUUGGAGGUCAGACCACAUAC